UACACAUCGAGAAAAGGUCAUUUUCAUCAAUAGAAUACUCGUGAUCAUGAUAGUUCUGAAUUCAAAUUAAUUUCAAAUACAAUUGAAUCUAACGCUCAACUAAGGUUCAACAUUACUUGUAAUCAUGUUUCGUACAAAAUGCAAGGAACACGAUCAUUCAUCAUUCUAUCAAUUCUUGCAAAUGGAGCACAAUUAUAAGAAUACCGACUGUUAUUUUUUCUAUUAUUCUACAUGCAAAAAGGGUGAUGAGUGUCCUUUUAGACAUGAACCAUCUGCCUUGGGUUGUGAAACUAUGUGCAUAUAUUGGCAGCAGGGUAAAUGCCUUGAUGAACAUUGUAAUUUUAGGCAUAUGGAAUUAAAAAAAAAUCGUAAGUCAAUUCCAUGUUAUUGGGAAACACAGCCUGGAGGUUGUAGGAAACCUCAUUGUUCAUUUAUGCAUAAAAAUGCUCGAACAAUUACUAGUAAUCCCAUUAAUCCAGUGAAGAAUUCUGAUCUAACGUCAAAGUCAUUAAAUCAAGAAUGGUUAAAUCGUCAAGAUGAUAUAAAAUAUGAUGGUAACAGCACAGAAUCAGAUCAAGGUAGAGGAAGUAGUGAAGCAGGCAGUUUUAUUGGCAGUCCAGCUGUUGAUCCUCUUAUCGUCAAAUUUGAAGAAGAGUCGGACAAUGAAAGUGUACCGUCACCGGUAAAGCCGCAGCCGAGGGUUCCUCACUGCAAGACCUACGAAGAGAUCAGAUUGGAAGAGAUCCAGGCUGAGAGCGCGGCGUAUUAUUCGUACCAGCCGGAAGAUUAUCAGAGUGACGUGAGUGAAGGCAAGGCCAAGACACGGAAGAUUAGAAAAGUCAGUCUGUACCUACAAAUCGAUAAAGAGGAGAGCGGUGACAAGAGUUUGGACUUCAAAGUCCUCUCGUUGGAAGAAAUUCGACGCAGAAAGAGGCACAAGGCUAUGCAGGAAAAACAGUUGAAGUCCCUUACCAAGACGACAGUCUCUGAAAGUGAAGGGGAGUCGAUUGAGGAUAUGUUGGAGGGCACUAUGAAAACGUUAACAGAACUUCGAGGAACGACCAUUGUUAGGGGUGUGAAGAGAAAGCUCGAGGAUUCUAAUGAUAAUACGAACAGGCACAAAGUCAGGUGUAGCAGUACAAAGACUGGCUGUUCUGUGACCAAUGUGCCACCUGUUAAGCUCAGGAGGUCACCCAGGAGAUUUGCCCCUGUUGGCGAGACAGAGGAAUGGCGAAACACUGAUGAAGUAUCUAGUAAAGGUGCACAGGAUAGCGUGAAAGAUGAUAGGGGUCCUGAAAAUUCUAGGUCAGAAAAACUGAACAGUUCCAAGCCGAUGGAAUCGAGUAAAAGAAACGAGGUGGAGAUCAGGUUAUGCGACAGCAGUACGGAUGAGGAUCAGAUGCAGGUGGAGAAAAAUGAAGAGAGAAAGUCCAUUGGCACGCGUGUCAUGGAUGAUUCCAAGGAAACAGCCAUGGCAUCCUGCGAUAGUCUGUUAAAUAUGAACGAGGAAGAUUUUUUGACUCUAGACAUGGCGUCAGACGAUAUUCUCAAGGACAUCGACGCCUUGCUAAAAGAAAAGAACUCGGUUUGAGGAAAUGUGCAACGAUGAA